CUGACCACGACAGACGAUCUUCGGAGUUGUGUGUGUGUGUGUAGUGUGUGCGCUCCACUCCCGCUGGCUGCUAUGACCUAGCUACCGGACGACACUUUCCGUUUUUCCACGCUGACCCUUCCGCCUCAAACUGCAGUCCCCACACUCAACGUUACGGUCGUUUAUGGUCGCAUUACCGCCACUUUUUCAUCGUAGCUGCUGGCCUCCGGGGCUAGCUGGCUAGCAGAGAGGGGGUGACGGAGUGGAGCCAGCUGGUCGCUGAGAAACGGCGGCGUUAGCAAACAAGCUAAUUAGCGAGAAAGACUCAGCCUGGAUUAUUGCCUUUAAUCAAAAGAGAGCACAGGUCUGCGGCUUCACCCACUGCGGCAAAAAUGAAGAUAACUGUGGAUUUCGAGGAGUGUUUGAAGGACUCCCCAAGGUUCAGAGCCACCAUAGAGGAAGUGGAGGGGGAUGUGUGCGAGUUGGAAUCCAAGCUUGACAAAUUGGUGAAAUUGUGUAUCGGGAUGAUUGAUGCUGGAAAAGCCUACAACGCAGCUAACAAACAGUUUGUUAAUGGGAUCCGGGAGCUUGCACAGCAGUCCACCAAAGAUGAGGUCAUUGAGUCCAGUCUCACAAAGUUUGCCGAGAGUCUGCAGGAGAUGAUCAACUAUCACACGAUAUUAUUCGAUCAGGCCCAGAGAUCGAUCAAGACGCAGCUUCAAACCUUUGUCAAAGAUGACCUGCGUAAGUUCAAAGAAGCCAAGAAGCAAUUUGACAAAGUGAGCGAGGAAAAGGAGACGGCGCUGAUCAAGAAUGCCCAAGCUCCCCGUAACAAGCAGCACGAGGUGGAGGAGGCCACCAACAUCCUCACUGCCACGCGCAAGUGCUUCCGGCACAUUGUCCUCGACUACGUCUUACAGAUAAACGUGCUACAGUCCAAGAGAAGGUCGGAGAUCCUAAAAUCACGGCGGCCGUGGACGGUGCAUUAUACCUCCAUCAUGAAGCUGAAGAAGGUGGAGAGGCUGUGCAGGGAGGUGUGGAGGAGCUGCCAACAGUUGGACCAGCUGGUGGUGGAUGCUGCCAAAGAGAAGAGGGACAUGGAGCAGAAGCACUCCACCAUCCAACAAAAGGCUGCACUGCAGUCUCCUUUCAGGCGCUGGUUCACCAUCCAAAACAAUCAGCUAGUUUACCAGAAGAAAUUUAAGGACAACCCUACAGUGGUGGUAGAAGACCUGAGGCUCUGCACAGUCAAGCACUGCGAGGACAUAGAGCGUCGCUUCUGUUUUGAAGUCGUGUCACCCACCAAGAGCUGCAUGAUGCAGGCAGACUCCGAGAAGCUGCGACAGGCUUGGAUCAAAGCUGUCCAGAACAGCAUCGCCACUGCCUUCCGCGACAAGGGAGAUGACAGCGAGAAGCUGGAUAGGAAGUCGUCCACGUCAACAGGGAGCCUGGACUCUGGAGGGGAGCCAAAGGAGAGAUCACUGAAAGGAGAGAGUGCCCUGCAGAAAGUCCUGGCCAUCCCAGGCAAUGUUUGCUGCUGCGACUGUGGGCAGCCGGAGCCCCGCUGGGCCAGCAUCAACCUGGGCAUCACCCUGUGUAUACAGUGCUCUGGCAUCCACAGGAGUCUGGGAGUGCAUUUCUCCAAGGUUCGUUCUUUGACUUUGGACACUUGGGAACCAGAACUGCUAAAGUUAAUGUGUGAACUGGGCAACAAAGUAAUCAACCAGAUCUAUGAAGCUCGGCGAGAGGAGCUUGGAGCAAGAAAACCACAGCCGGGAGAUCCGAGGCACGAGGUCGAGGCCUACAUCAAAGCCAAGUAUGUGGAUCGUCGAUUUGUACGCCGGCCGUCCGACGAGGAGCUUCGCAGCAAAGUGGUCUCUCUGAGCAAACAGGAGAAGAGGCUGAGCGGCAACUCUGAGCACAUGCCACCAAAAGCGCCUCCACCCACACCAAAACUUCGACCUGGUUCGAAUGCUUCAGGGCAGUCAGCUGCUGCCAGUGGUGCCGAGGCCCGCCGGGACUCUCUCUUCUGUCCUGACGAGCUUGACUCGCUCUUCUCCUACUUUGACACCUCCUCCAAGCUCAGGAGCAUAAAAAGUGCAGACAGCGGCAUCCAGAACAGUGCUGAUGGGAGCAGGGAGAUGCUGGCCAACACCCCCUCCAAUGACAGCCUGGCAGAUGCAGAACCCGCUGAGACUCCACCCAUGCCCAUGCCCGCCACACUGCCUCCUCCGUCACCCUGUAAGGAGAUGGUUUUCUAUGAGCCCAAGGAGUACAGCCCGGGUCUUCAGCUCUACUGGGCGUCCUGCGCCCGCAGCCUGCCGGACAUGGCAGAGGGGUCUCUGGUCACCUGUGAGUUUCUGCUCCAAAAUGCAGCGAAUGUGAACCAACAGGACGCUCAGGGCCGAGGACCCCUCCAUCAUGCCACCAUGCUGGGACACACGGGGCAAGUGUGUUUAUUCUUGAAACGAGGAGCGAAUCAAAACGCUACAGACAUUGAGGAGAAAACACCCCUGUCCAUAGCGGUGGAGGCGGCCAACGCAGACAUUGUCACGCUGUUGCGACUCGCCAAGAUGAACGAGGAGAUGCGGGAGGCGGAGGGGCCCUACAGCCAGUCAGGAGAUGAAACGUACCAGGACAUUUUCCAGGAUUUCACCCACAUGGCCUCCAAUGACCCAGACAAGCUGAACCGCUACUAGCAGUACGACUCGCAGCGGCCGUGAUGCUGCAGAGCGCCGUCCAUCCGCGGUCAGAAGGGCUGUUUUCACAAAAACAAAAGUUGGAAUGAUGUCCACUUCGCAUUCACACUCAUUCAGAAACGGCCCCAUCAAAGCCAGCGACCGUAUCUAAUGUAGCCAAAGCUCCCUUUCAUCAGUUCGUUUUCACCGAGGCGAGUGCUUCGUUCAAGUGAAGGGGAGCUUCGACAGUGGAUUUUUUUUUUUAACUGUGCAUGUUAAUAGGAUGUAUAACAGUAAGUAAAUGGUACAGUGUUAAAGCCUUUGGAAGGAUUCACAUAGUCUUAAAUCCAAUGAUAAUUACACUCAGACUGAAUGUAAAGAUGCCGUCAAGGCUGUCGCUUACUUUGACUGAGUUAAAUGUUUGCUGUCACACUUUGUGACGGUGAAGGACACUUAUUGUUUUUUUUAAAUAAAGUUAAAGUUGUGGUGCAUCAGAGCUGCACAGAGAAGUAAGCCCACGGCAGACUUUUAAAGGCUCUGUUUCAUGCUUUUUGUUAACUGCUUCCUCCUUUCAUUGGGACUCUUUUAAUGAGCUGCAGCAUUUUUUUUUAAUGUAAGUUUUUCUUUAGAGAAUCAUCAGCAAGUGUAUAAGUGUCCGUAUGCUUUUAUGUUAAAUCACCACAGACGUUUACCAGUUUGGAUGGUGGCUUUGAAGUGUACAGUGAUCUCUGACAGCAGUAAACCCAGAAUCAAUUCACAUGUAAGGUUAAAUAGUUGAUUUGACUUGAUUUUUAAAUGCUUUUCUUUUUUAGAAAUGUAAUUUCUCACAAGUACCUGCAGUGGU